GAAGCAGUAUUUCCCCAGAGUGUGCUUUACAGAAUGAUGAAAGUGUAAACAACGCCCGCCGCCCUUUCUCUUUCUCCACCACUUGUCCUUUUAAGCUUCAAAUCAUACAGAUUUCCCUCUGAUUUUAAAUAAGAUCCUGCACUUGCACUCGCACACUCCUCUUACUUCACAUACACGUUAUUAGCAACUCACACUCAUCAUCAUCAUCAUCAUCAUCAAUAAACCCUUAAUUCAUCUUAAUCAUCAUCAUCGUAGAAUGGUGGCGGAGGGAGAGGUGGUGGCGGUGGUGGUGGUGCGAGAGUACGACGAGAAGAAGGACUCCUCAGCCGUGGAGGAAAUGGAGAACCGCUGCGAGGUGGGCCCCAGCGCCAAGCUCUCCCUCUUCACCGACCUCUUGGGCGACCCCAUCUGCCGGGUCCGCAACUCCCCUGCUUAUCUCAUGCUGGUGGCGGAGCUGGUAGUGGUCGGCGGCGGCGAGGAUAAGGAGAGGCGUGAGAUCGUGGGCGCCAUAAGGGGUUGCAUCAAAACCGUUACUUGCGGCACUAAGCUCUCAAGAAACGGCAGCAACAAACCUCUCCCCGUCUACACUAAACUCGCCUACAUCUUAGGCCUCCGCGUCUCCCCUUCUCAUAGGAGAAUGGGGAUUGGAUUGAAACUAGUGCGGCAGAUAGAGGAAUGGUUCGGCGAGAACGGCGCCGAGUAUUCAUACAUGGCGACGGAGAACGACAACCAUGCAUCCGUGAAGCUCUUCACGGAGAAAUGCGGCUACUCCAAAUUCCGCACGCCGUCGAUCCUCGUGCACCCGGUCUUCGCCCACCGCGUCCGCCCCGACCCGCGCGUCGCCAUCGUCCGGCUCGGCGCCGCCGACGCCGAGGCGCUCUACCGCCGCCGCUUCUCCUCCACGGAGUUCUUCCCGCGCGACAUCGACGCCGUGCUCGGCAACAAGCUCAGCCUCGGCACCUUCCUCGCGCUGCCGCGCGGCGCCGCGUGGCCGGCGGCAGGGGGGGCCGCCGCGUUCCUCGCCAGCCCGCCCGAGUCGUGGGCGGUGCUCAGCGCGUGGAACUGCCAGGACGUGUACAAGCUGGAGGUGCGCGGCGCGUCGCGCGUGAGGCGGGCCCUGUUCAAGACGACGCGGGCCCUGGACCGGGCCUUCCCGUGGCUGCAUCUCCCGUCCGUGCCCCAGGUGUUCAGGCCCUUUGGGUUUCACUUUCUAUACGGGCUGGGCGGGGAAGGCCCAAAUGCGGUUAGGAUGAUGCGGGCCCUUUGUGGGUCGGCCCAUAAUCUAGCCAAGGACUGCGGCUGCGGAGUGGUGGCCACGGAGGUGGCGGAUCGCGAGCCGCUCAGGUUAGGAAUUCCGCACUGGGAGAGCUUAUCGUGCGCCGAGGAUUUGUGGUGCAUUAAGCGGCUAGGGGAAGACUACAGUGACGGCUCUGUCGGUGACUGGACCAAGUCGCCACCUGGCAACUCCAUUUUUGUUGAUCCCAGAGAGUUCUGACUCAAAAACUCCAAUCUAAUUUUAGUUAAUUAAUUAAAUUAUAGUAGUAAUUAAUGUGCUAAUCUUGCAAGUUCAGAUAAAAAUGAUAUUAGUGGCGGAGGAGAUGGGAUAGGAGAUAUGGAUCAAACUUUUGUUGUCUAGUUGCUGUUGUUGUAAAAGGGAAUGGAAUAUCCCUAUCUCUUUUUUUUUUGUAAAUGAAUGUAGUUCUUGAUUUUCAGUUUUAAAUUUUGAGUAAAUUUUUUUAAAA